AAGAGAAGGAAUGAGACUGAAGCCACACGCUGCUGCGGGAACUGUCAGCGCUGAGCAGGGCUAAACUCAGUCCCCUUGCUUACAACAGGGAAAUAGACGGUACAUUGAAUCUGAUAUCCUGCCGAAGCCGCAGAUAAUGAGGACUUACCAUUGCCUACCACUAUUCAUCUGGACCUAUAUGUUUUAUACAGUUGAUGCUCUCCCAUUACAAGGAAAAGCUAACAGGGAUUUCCCAAGCAAAAGGAUGCCGAGUUUGACAAAAGAUCAUGGUAAAACGCUACAUCGCACCAAGCGCGGCUGGAUGUGGAAUCAGUUCUUCUUGUUGGAAGAGUACACGGGUACAGAUACACAAUAUGUAGGCAAGCUUCACACUGACCAAGAUAAAGGAGAUGGAAAUUUAAAGUACAUAUUAACAGGCGAUGGGGCUGGCAGUAUAUUCGUUAUAGAUGAAAAUACAGGAGAUAUUCAUGCUGUGAAGAAAUUAGACAGAGAAGAAAAAUCCCUGUACAUUCUUCGUGCCAAGGCUAUAGACAGAAAGACCGGGCGGCAGGUGGAACCGGAGUCUGAAUUUAUCAUUAAAAUCCAUGAUAUCAAUGACAAUGAACCAAGAUUCACAAAAGACUUAUACAUUGCGAGUGUUCCUGAAAUGUCUGGAGUAGGUACAUCUGUUAUACAAGUGACUGCGACGGAUGCCGAUGAUGCCAACUACGGAAAUAGUGCCAAAGUGGUCUACAGCAUAUUGCAAGGACAGCCAUAUUUCUCAGUGGACCCAGAAUCAGGUAUAAUAAAAACGGCAUUACCAGACAUGAGCAGAGAAAAUAGAGAGAAGUACCAAGUGGUUAUACAAGCCAAAGACAUGGGCGGCCAGAUGGGAGGCCUUUCUGGAACCACCACAGUGAACAUCACUCUGACAGACGUCAACAACAACCCUCCUCGAUUUCCCCAGAGUACGUAUCAAUUUAAUCCCCCUGAGUCCGUACCCCUGGGAACCCACCUUGGAAGAAUAAAAGCCAGUGACCCUGACGUGGGGGAAAACGCGGAGAUGGAGUACAGCAUCGCUGACGGGGACGGGGCUGGCAUGUUCGAAGUCAUCACUGACCAGGACACGCAGGAGGGGAUUAUAACUGUCAAACAGAAUUUAGAUUUUGAAAACAAAAUGCUGUACACUUUAAGAGUGGAUGCAAGUAACACGCACCCAGAUCCACGAUUCCUACACCUGGGACCUUUCAAAGACACAGCUGUGGUCAAAAUAUCUGUGGGAGACAUUGAUGAGCCUCCUGUGUUCAGUCAGGUUUCCUACUUGAUAGAGGUAGAUGAAGAUGUGAAGGAAGGCAGCAUCAUUGGGCAAGUCACAGCCUAUGACCCAGAUGCCACAAACAACUUCAUACAAUACUCUGUUGAUCGGCACACUGAUAUGGAUCGGAUUUUCAGUAUCCAUGCAGAAAAUGGCUCUAUUUUCACUUUAAAGCCCCUUGACCGGGAAUCAUCUCCAUGGCACAACAUCACCAUUAUAGCCACAGAAAUAAAUAACUCAAAACAAAGUAGUGAAAUUCCUGUCUUCAUCAGAAUUCUAGAUAUAAAUGACCAUGCUCCGGAAUUUGCCAUGUACUAUGAAACAUUUGUUUGUGAAAAUGCAAAACCUGGGCAGUUGAUUCAGACUGUCAGUGUCAUGGACAAAGACGAUCCUCCCCGAGGACACAAGUUCUUCUUUGAACCAGUACCAGAGUUUCCCCUCAACCCAAACUUCACCAUUGUAGAUAAUAAAGAUAACACAGCAGGAAUCAUGACUCGAAAAGAUGGGUAUAGCCGCUACAAAAUGAGCACCUAUCUACUACCAAUUUUGAUCUUUGACAACGAUUAUCCAGUUCAAAGCAGCACUGGCACGCUCACGAUCCGCGUGUGCGCCUGCGAUGGCCAAGGGAACAUGCAGUCCUGCAACGCCCAGGCCUUGCUCCUCUCAGCCGGCCUGAGCACCGGGGCCCUGGUGGCCAGCCUUCUCUGCGUGGUCAUACUCCUGGGUAAAGCGACGCCCCAAUGCCAUUCAGCCCUCAGCACUGACUACGGCUUCCUGGGCGACUGGGGGCCGCGCUUCCAGACGCUGGCCGACCUGUUCGGGGGCCAGGACAGCGACCGCGACUAGACAGCGGCGACCGGACGAGACAGCGGCGACCCGACUGGACAGCGGUGACCUUGACUAGACAGUGGUGACCUUGACUAGACAGCCGGUGACCUUGACUAGACGCCGGUGACC